AUGUCCUCAGAUUCAUUCGAUUACGAUAUCAGGAUAGCAAAAACCGAAGACAGAGAUGCAAUCGCCCAGUUCCUUCGUACCUACUUCUACAAGGACGAGCCUUUGAACAAGUUCUUGGAGAUAGUAUCCGAAGAAAACCCCAUCAACCACGACCUGGAAGCAUUCGCCAUGGCCGACUUUGAUAACGGCAUUUCUUUGAUGGCUUUCCGGCAGGGAAAGCUGAUAGCUGUGUGCCUCAAUUUCAUUCUUCACAGGGGGAAAAAGGAGCAUUUCCAUUGCGAGGACGAGAAGUUUUCGAAAAUAGUCGGGAUGCUAGAGUACGUGGAAGAAAAAUCGGACCCUUUCCAGAAGUACCCUGGGUGUGACAAAGCUGUUUCUGUCGGGAUCGUUUCUGUUGAUGAUAGUUGUCGGGGAAAAGGGGUAGCAAAAAAACUGAUUGAAAAAACAGGUGAAUUGGGGAAGCAAAAUGGCUGCGGUUUUUUGGUUGUUGACUGCUCUAGUCAUUUUACGGCGUGCGCUGUGAAAAAGCUGGGUUUUGAGAUGAUCUAUUCUUUGGAUUAUGCCGAUUAUAAAGUAAAUGGUGAGGUGGUACUUUGUCCAGAACCGCCACACAAGGCUGUCACUGUUUAUACCAAAAAAAUUGACUGA